AUGACACGCGAAUUCUUGAGUCCGCAUUGCUCAUCCUGGUCGUUUAGAAGCAACUUCAGCUUUAGUGGUGGUACUGGAACGGUGCAGUCCCCAUUACCGACCGUCUACGAACAGAGGGUCAACUAUCAAUCGCGUCGCAGCUUGGCGCUCCUGAUCAACUACUUCGCUGCUGGACUAUUCCACGGUGUCGUGCCAGCUCUGGUAUACCCGUUGUUCAAGAUCCGCUUAGGGCUGCAAGGUUACCAAACAAAUGCAACACAGACAUUACUGGGAUGUGCGUGGCACGGGAAACUGGUGCUGUGUCUGCUAACGGACUGUGUACCAAUUGGUGGACGCAGACGGAUUUCGUACAUUUACAUUGGUUGGACGCUCGUACUGUUCAUUCUCGGUUUAAUGAUGAUACUUCAUCCAGAUGAUCGUGACCUUGGUGAUGCGCCACGACUCAUUUUCAUGAUCACCGUUGCGUCAGUCGGGCACUUGCUGGUGGACGCGGCGUGUGACGGAUUGAUGGUGGAAGCAACUGCAGUUCAUGCUGCAAGAUUCAUUGCAGAGUCAAUGGGGACGCUUCUUGUUGCGGUGGGAAUGAAUUCGGAAGAGUAUAGCGGUGGGUUUUCAUUUGAGAUGUCGCUUCGAGGGCUGUUUGCGGUUGCUAGCGAUACCAGCUCGAUAUCUGUUGCAACUCCGAAUUUGCGAUCAAAACUGGGCGAGUUUUGGCACAUCAUGCAACAGCGUGCAACAUGGCAAAUUGCCAGCUUCGCCAUACACGAGCUCUGGCUGCACACCGACCCUUUCAUGAAGAAUCUGUUUCUAGCGCUUGCAAACGGUGGUGUCUCUGUCGCAGCCUCCGUCUUCGUGCACCGACGUCUUCUGUCGACGAGUUGGCACUCAUCAGUUUGCAUUGCGUUGCUUGGAGGGCUAAUCGUCAGCUUCCCUGUGGCAAUGGUGGCGGUAUUCGAUAUAUGGCGCAGCAAGUUUUUCUUUCUGGCUGCUACGGAGAUGGUUGGGUUUGCUGACUGCAUCGCUAUGAUGGUUCGCAUGCUCGCAGUAGUGGAAAUUGCAGAACCUGGGUUCGAGAGCAGUACUUACGGACUUGUCACUUCCGUCUACAACCUCGCGGAUCCGGUGGCAACCGCUUUAAGCAACGCAAUCGGUUCGUAUCUCCAAGUCUUUGAUGCUGACAUUCAACGGGACGCGGAUGAUGUUCGCGUGAGAGCUGGGGCGCUUUUUGCGGUGCUAUUCACGGUGCGUGCAGUCGUUGGGCUGGGGGCACUACCCUUGUUGCCAAAUCAGAGGCACGAUGCACGCCAGUUGAAAGCCCGAGGAGGAUCUUGCAAGCGCAUGGGGUUGACGGUGUUUUUGACAAUAGGCGCCAGCUUCUCUGUAGCUCUCGUGGCCUGUAUCCUGUCCGUUUUCCAGAGCACGUCGUGUUUAAGGCUUGCAGGCGGUGUGGGAUGCUGA